GUGUGGACUGAGGGAUGGGUGAGAGUCACAGCUGAGAGGGGAGACCAAAAGGGAAUUAUUGAAUGGGGUCUCUCAUUCCAGAUUUGGGUUUUCUAGAUUUUUUAUUUUUAUUUUUAUUUUUAUUUUCAUUUUUAUUUUCAUCUUCUUCUUGGGAAAUACAAACAACAUCACAGAACAUAUACAGAACGCAAAAGUAAAGCAGGCCUUUUCGCAUCGCUCGUUUUAUUUCAGCUUGUCUGAUAGCCAAACCAAACGCCCGCACACCCCUCCUCACCCCUCCUCCUCUCAUCCCUACCACACCACCAGUCUACCUACUUAUCUCCCUAGCUCCGCUUCGGUCAUCCACAUCCUCCCCCCCCCUUUUUUUUUUCCCUGACCGAACCAUUUCAUUCACUUCAUUCAUCUCUAAUGCCCUCACUCUUCACAAUCAACAACAACGUCUCCCUAAUCAGCAUCACCAUCGCGCCCUCAGCCUGGAUCGCGUCCCUAGUCGUCUCACUCUUCUUCGCCUUCCUCUACCUCCCGCCUCUAAUCAAAUCAUCCACGCCCGCGUCAAGGGCCAAUUUCUUCUACCGGAUCAAGCAGUUUUUUUCUCUGCAGGGCCCGUUCUACUCCGAGGAGGAAGACGGCGAGUUUCAAAAGACGGUGCUCCAGCCCAUCAUCGAGGAGCCCGACGCGGAGGAGAGGGAGGAGCAGAGGGAGUACGAACGGAGGCGGAGGAUCAAGAAGAGGAAGCAGGAGAUUGAGGAUCUGAGGCCGGGAUUGUUACCCGGGAGGGAGCUUAUCGGGGAACUUGGCUGGGGGAGCGAACGGAGGAGGGAAAAGGAGAAGAGGACGUCGUCGUCACUGUUGAAGAUCAGGAGCGGGAGUAAGAGUGAGAAGCGGUCGUCGAGGGAUAAGGAACGGGAUAGUAGGGAAAAGGACGGCAGCGACGGUGAUGGUGGACACGGCAAAGAUGGCAGAUUACUACGGCAGCAACAAACAACCCAAGUCGUUGCAACCGUCGUACGGGUACCACUCGGCCGCAACCGAUCCGUUGAGCGAGACAGAGAUGGGGGAGGGGGACAGCGAUCUAGAGGAUCUGGAGGUUUCUGGGGGCGGAUAUUCUCCUCCGGCGUGGAGACGGCUGGGAGACGGAGGUCGCAGCAGCGGCUUCUGGCAGCCCCAGACGGUGAUCAGGAGUGACGGCCAGCGGGAUGGGUUUAACAGGCAGUAUGAUUUGCUGGGGAGGUCGAUGAGGGAGGAUAGUCCUGAUAGUGUGAUGGAUGGGCUGGCGGGGUAUGGAGGGGGUUGUGGGCAAAGGGGGGAGGAUGCACACUGGUUGAAUGAUGAGAUCUUGCAGGAGGCGAUCAGGACGAGGUUGCCGGAGAGUGUGUCCCCGGAAAAGGAGAGGAGUCCAGAGUUGGAGGACAACUAUUGGAAGAAUCACCAAAUAUACGGAAACAACCAGCAGCAGGAGCAAAAGCUGGGGAGCAUCGACGAGACCACCAUCAAGAUUAAACAGGAGGACUGGGAGGAGGAGGAGCAGCAGCAAGGAAGAAGGGUGGCUUUGAGUGCGAUUCCAGAAUUUUCGCCAGUUCGGGAUGGACCCGUGACGACGCCAAAACCAGAAGAAGAAAUUGCUGAUAACUACAUUCGCUUCGCCGUCCGCGCCGAAGUCCAACACCGCACCGAACCCAUCGAUGCCACCAUCAACUUUUUCCGGCGCGUCUCCCAAUCCGUCACACGGUCCAAAACCUCCCUCUUCACCUCUCUCCUCAUUGCCCUCCUCUCUUUCAUCGUGACGCGUCACCUCACCCACCCCCUCACCCCUCCUCCAGUCCCCGACCUCGUCAAAGUCGCCUCCGUCGCCCGCUCGCUCGAGCCAUUGAUUUACUACUCCGAAAACGGCGCAGCCCAAGUGACAUCCCUCCAAGCCACCUCGGUCGCAGUCUGGGACCUGUCCGAAUCCAUCAGAACAAGCAACCUCACCUCGGCCCCCCUAAUCGUCUCCACCCUCGACGACCUGGCCGACUCCCUCCAGAUUUUGUCGUUGGAGCUGACCAAAUUCUUCGCCAACGUCGACGGGGACAUUGACGGGAUUCUGAUCACCAUGUCCUGGGCCCGUCGCGAACUCUCCACCCUCUCCUCCUCCCCUCCCCCGUCUCCCCUCAUCAACAACAUCUUAUCCCUCCCUUUCAUCCCCUCCAUCUUCGGCCCGACCCACCCCCAGCGGACACAGCGAACCCUCCAACGCACAUUCAACGAACUGCUCAACGUGCUCGAAGAGGCGGUAGAAUCCGAACUCUCCCACUCCUUAUCCCUGUUUCGACUCUUCUCUUCAAUAGACUCCCAGUUCCUAACCCUGACCCGAACCGUAACGCGUGAGUCAUCAAAUCAGGAGUCCCUCCACAACGAUCUCCUCUCUUCCCUCUGGGUCCGUCUCCUAGGCGCUAAAAAGGGGGAACUAGCAAAGUUUGAGAAGAAUCGGGAACUGCUGAAGGAUGUGAGGGAGAAGACGGUGAGGAAUAAGGGCGUGCUGGUGGAGCAUAACCAGAAGUUGUUGGCUCUCAAGGCUAGUCUGGAGGCGCUGAGGAGGAAGCUUGUCAGUCCGCUGGUGAGGAGUAUCAACUCUAGCACCCUGACGCUGGAGGAGCAAGUGAGGGGGUUGGAGGAGGCGGGGGGGUAUCUUGAAGGGGUGAGGAGCCGGCAGAAGGGGAGGGUGAUGGAGAUGCUUUAUGGGGGUGGAUCAGGGGCUGGGGGCCAUAAGACGAUUGUUGAGAUUGGGGAUGUGUAAAGGGGUUUUUGGGGGCGAGGGGGGCUUUCUAUUCUUUCUUUCUUUUUGUUUGGGAAAUUCGGGCAUGCUUGAUACCAGUGGUGAUAUUUGGCAAUGGGACUUCUUUGGUCAGGGUAAAUAACAUGGUUUUUUUUUUUUUUUUUUUUUUUUUUUGGUUUGGAUCUGGGAGACAUCUUCCUUGCUAUCAUUUCUGAUUUUUCGGCUAUCCGUGAGUUCUCUUUCAUCUUCUACAUUACAAAUAAACAUACCCCUGGGCUGGAGGCGGCGCGUGUGGUGGUGAUGGAUGGCGUCUUGUUCAUUUCUUUCUUUCAGGGACAAACAGGGACAGUGCAGGUUUCAGUCUAGCAUAUACAGGGUAGAACAGCACAA